GGGGCGGGUCGGUUGGACGACUCAGGCCGGGGUACAGAGAUGCAGAGACCUCCUGGUGCCUAGAAGGGCCGCAGGCACGGGUCACUUGCUGGCUUUGUUCUGGGGACUGGUGGUUCAGUGGGCGACACGCAGCAGUAGCGCUCUGGGAGCCAAGAACUCCCGCGGGUGGUGCCGCCCUGAUCUCGGGGUGCCUGCCUUUGUCCAGCAUCUCCUGUAAUUGUGGAGGAUUAUCAGGACCUGCCAAGGCGUCGGGGACCAGGCUCUCCCUGGACGACCCAACCGCAGAGCUGUGUCCAAGCCCAGCUGCGUCGCCAGCGAAGACGCUGGGGUCUGGAGGAGGGGGUAGGCUUGCCCAGGAAUAGUUACUCAUUUAUGCCCUCAACCCUCACCCCCCAUCGCUGAAAGAGAAGUUAUGGAAAAAGCUUGUAGAUCGACCCUCCUCAUUGAAAGGGUAAACAGCGUAUUCUGAGGCCGAACAUUUUUAAGAAAUCAGUAAUCAGGAAAACAAUUAGCAUCUAUUAAAGGCCUUAUGUUUAAUAGUUAUUAAUCUUGUUACUGUUGUUACUACUAUUGUUGUAAUUUGACAUAGGGUCUCACUAUGUAACUCUGGCUGACUUAGAGGACAACUUUGUGAAGAAUUUCAGGCUUGCUCAGCUGACAUAUGCAUCGACUCAAGCGCCCAUUAGGAAUGUCUGCACUGAACCCAAGGAGGUGAUCAGGAAAAGUCUGUUGGACAGAUCCUUCUGAGCAAAGCAUUUGCUGUGCCUGAGAAUGAGGCUCUCUGCUUUUGAACAGUCAUCCCUCUACGUGAGACUCUGUGACCUACUCCAGCUUGUCUUCCUUGAAUAAUUCUCACCGUAUUACAGAAAAAGUGGGGCCUAUACACCUUCUCUUUCUCCUGUCAGGUGGUGAAAUAGACUGAGGGGGUAUUCAUUCUAAAGCACCAGUCCUGAACAUCAGAAUCCUAUUUGACCCCCAAGAGAAUUCCACAUAAGUGUUGCAGAGGACGUAAAAGAUUUAACAGGAAAAGAUAAGAGGAGGAAGGCCACUGGUAUGCCCCCAGCUGGAGAGGAUGCGGAGAAAGAUGGGAAAGUUCAAACAUAAGACAUUAGAGGAUAGCAAGUCACCCGCUGAAGGAAGUGACCAAGAAGGUGAAAACAGUGGCCAUCAGUUCUGUGCCUCUGCAACGGAGAAGAGAGGUCAUGGUGGAAGGAGACAGUAUGUGUGUCCUGAGUGUGGAAAAGCCUUCAGUCAGAGUGCCAACCUCACUGUGCACGAGCGAAUCCAUACAGGAGAGAAGCCUUACAAGUGUACAGUGUGCGGGAAAGCCUUUAGUCACAGCUCCAACCUCGUGGUUCAUCGACGAAUCCACACUGGACUUAAGCCGUACACGUGUCGUGACUGUGGGAAGUCAUUCAGCGGUAAGUCACACCUCAUCGGGCACCAGGAAGUCCACAGCGGGGAAAAGACAUACGAAUGUAAAGAGUGUGGGAAAGCCUUCAGCCGGAGCUCAGGACUUAUCGCUCAUCACAGAGUUCAUACUGGUGAGAAGCCCUACACUUGCAGCGAGUGUGGGAAGGCGUUUAGCAGGAGUUCAAAUCUCACUCAACACCAGAGAACGCACAGAGGGAAAAAGGUUUACAAAUGUAAAGAGUGUGGAAAGACAUGUGGUUCUAAUACAAAGAUUAUAGACCAUCAGAGGAUUCACACUGGGGAGAAGCCCUACGAGUGCGCUGAGUGUGGGAAAACCUUCAUCUUAAGGAAGGCCCUUAAUGAACACCAGAGGCUCCACCGCAGAGAGAAACCUUACAAAUGUAAGGAAUGUGGGAAAGCGUUUACCUCUAACCGAAACCUCACGGAUCACCAGAGAGUGCACACUGGAGAGAAGCCUUACAAGUGUAACGAAUGUGGGAAAACCUUCAGGCAAACAUCUCAGGUUAUUCUCCAUUUGCGAACUCAUACUAAAGAGAAGCCCUAUAAGUGUAGCGAGUGUGGGAAAGCUUAUCGCUACAGCUCGCAGCUCAUCCAACACCAACGAAAGCAUAACGAAGAGAAAGAAGCCUUACUGUUUACUGGCCAGGUGUAAUGGCAUUCGCUGUUAAUCCUGGCAUUGAGGAGGCAGUGACAGGGAGGUCUCGGUGACUUUUAGUCCAGCCUGGUCUACCUAAUGAGUUCUACACUAGCCAAAGUUACAAAAUGAGACUCUGUUUUAGGAAAACAAAAUGGCAACAAUGUUAAUCACUACUUUUCUGAAAAUUAGAUUUUUAGUAACAUUAAACUUAAUUCUGCUUCUACAAAUCCAUACAGGGAAAAUAAUAAGUAGCUAAAGUGUAACAAAAGGGAUAUUUAUGCCAGCAUCAUCAUAACUGAAAGGGAAAACAAACAAACAAAAUACCAAGCCACCCAAACAAACAGAGACCACCCAAACUGUAAAUAUUACAUGUGCAGCAUGAAAGGAAUCAUUACACGUCUGAAACCAUUUUGUCUUUUAAAAGAAUUUUUAAUGUAUGCCAUGGGAGAAAUUUCGGGGUAAAAUGGAAAGUGAAGGGAUGGAAUGUCCAGAUAAAAUAUGUUCGCCUAGGAAAAAUGGGGAAAGAGAAGGAGAACCAAACCUACAUUUUAACAAUGGUUAUCUCUAGGUGAUAGACUGUAGGGUGAUUUCUAUUUUCUUCUGUAUACUUUUCUAUGCCUUCUAGAUUUUCUACAAUGAAAGGGUUACUUUUAUAUUUACGAAAAAUAUACUCUAAAUGCAAGUACAUACUUGUUUUUAUUCAGUGGUAGGAAAAGUACCUAUUGUGUAGUCUUUAAAAUCUCAGGAUUCAUGGGUUGGGAUUUAGCUCAGUGGUAGAGCGCUUGGCCUAGCAAGUGCAAGGCCCUGGGUUUGGUCCCCAGCUCCGAAAAAAAAAAAUCUCAGGAUUCGCCCUAAUCCCGACACCGGUGGAAGUAGAAUUAGGAGCCAAUCCAUUUCUUUUAGAAUCCACUUCUUGCUACUGAAACAGGUGCUGCCUUUUGUUCUCUGCAGUGUCAGACUCUGUGAUCACCAGUGCUGCCUUUGAUCCCUCAGAAUCAGACUGUGAUCACUAGUGCUGCCUUUUGUUCUCUGCUUAGGUGAGAACACAGUAGGACAUUAGUGCACCUUCUUUUCUGUAUAGUGAAAUAACCAUCCUGUAAUAUCGGGCUACCAGAGCUCCACCCUUUCAGCAGAUGUCUAGACAGGAGAGAAAGUUUUUCUCUUAAUGAGCUGGACUCAAAAACUAGGAAGUAGAGAAUUUUGCCUUCACCUUGUUAUUAUGUGAGGUGAUUGGGUGAAAUGUAGUUAGGAUGGGAGGCCUGUGUCCUGAUCCACCAGCUGAGCGCCAGCUUAACUACUUUGGAUGAAUGGUGCCACUGCUCAGACUUGUGUGAAGAGGGAAAGGUUGUUCACCUCAAAGUGGUGUGUGAGGAUUAAGUGAGAUGAUGCUAGCGAUGAUGCCACACCUGGCAGGUGGCAGAACAGACCAUAUGCCUUUAAUCCCAGCACUUGGAGGCAGAGACAGGCAGAUCUCUGAGUUGGAGCCUACCGUGAUCUACAGUGGGCUCCAGGACAGCCAGGGCUACACAGAGAAAUCCUGUCUUGAAAAACAAAUAUAACUUAUCUGACUUGAGAGGAAAAUGGGUAACAUCAUUUUAUCUUGGGUUUUUUAAUGAUAUUGCUAUUUUUCUUGCAUGUGUGUCUGUGUGGGGGUAUUAGAUCUCCAGAAACUAGAGUUACAGGCAGUUGUGAGCUGCCGUGUGGUUGCUGGGAAUUGAAACCCAGUUCUCUGCAAGAACAGCCAGUGCUCUCAACCGCCGAGCCAUCUCUCCAGCCUCCAAGAUAUGAUUUAAUAUGGCUUUGAUUAAAGGGAAAUCUGUAAGACAAAGCUGAAGGAUGUUUUUAAAUCGUGUACUACAUUCUAGAUGGCGCUUAGUAAGCUGAUUCUCCAUGUCAGCUUUCUCUGCCUUUCUAGUCGUCUUGUAGGCUAACAAUAACUACCCUAAACGUUUGACAUGUCUCUAGGGCAAUAGUUUCCAGGCUUCCGGAGAUGGAUUUGUUUUUGUGUUUAGGGAUAAUCGAUUGUCAUUGUUUUAUAACAUGAAAAAAAGCAGCCAUCGUCUCUAUAGAGGAACUAACAUUACUGAAGUAAGAAGACUGUAAACUCAAGAAAAAUGCGGUGCUCUGUAAAAACAUCCUCGCCAAACUGGCAAUAGCCACUCAUUUCAGGUUUUUUAGCCUAACAGAUUAAAGCUUUAUCUCCAACUAGUGACUGGAAA